AUGGCGACUCAUGGGUGCUGCAAGGAAGUCAGCAUGGAGAGCAAGUACUCUCAGUACUACAACAAUAUGCUUGUUGAAGUGCACUACAAAUAUGCCAAAAACAUAAGCCAGCAGGAGGUGGACAACCGCAAAUAUACAAAGGAUGGCCCAACAUCACUCAACAUCAUCUUCAUUAUCAUCUGUAGCAUCAUUAUUUUGGAGAACCUCCUAGUGCUUAUUGCUGUUUUCCGGAACAAGAAAUUCCACUCGGCUAUGUUCUUUUUUAUCGGGAAUCUUGCUUUCUCGGAUCUGCUGGCUGGCUCGGCCUACAUCGCGAACAUAUUCCUGUCAGGUCCAAGAACUUUUGACCUUAUGCCUGUGCAGUGGUUCAUAAGAGAAGGGACUGCGUUUAUUGCAUUAGCUGCAUCAGUCUUUAGCUUGCUAGCCAUCGCCAUCGAGCGCUACAUCGCCAUAACCAAGGUAAAGGUUUACGGAUCCAACAAGACCUGUCGCAUGUUCCUGCUCAUCGGAGCGUGCUGGGUUACCUCGAUCAUCCUCGGAGGCCUGCCCAUCUUGGGCUGGAACUGCAUCAACAACCUGAGCGAGUGCUCAGCCGUUUUGCCUCUCAACUCUAGGCGAUAUGUCUGCUUCGUUGUGACCAUCUUCAGCAUCAUCCUGCUCUCCAUCGUCAUCCUGUACGUGCGCAUCUACCUGAUCGUGCGCUCAAGCCACCAGGAGGCCACCAACUCAGCUUCCUACGCCCUUCUCAAGACAGUCACCAUCGUGUUGGGCGUGUUCAUCGUGUGCUGGCUGCCUGCCUUUACCAUACUGCUCCUGGACACCUCGUGCAGCAUGUCCGCCUGCCCUAUCCUCAACCAUGCCGACAUCUUCUUCGGGAUCGCCACGCUGAACUCGGCACUUAACCCGUUGAUUUACACGCUGCGGAGUAAGGAUAUGCGCAGGGAGUUCCUGCGCGUACUGUGCUGCUGGGGGCUCCUCCAGAGUGGUCGGCCGGCGGAUAGGUGCAUGUUGCAGCUCAAGAGCUCAAGCUCGCUGGAACACUGCACUAGCAAACAUGACCACACCUACCAGACCACGCCUAUCAUGCAGGACUGUACCACUUGUGUUUGAUCUGGGGGUGCUGGGUAACUAAAGGACCAGGAGGAACAUUAAAACACCAAGUGUGUUCUCAAGGAUGAGAAGAUUGACGGUGACAAUCAGAGCCUGUGUGAAUUUGUUAUCAUUUUCUAUGCACUCUGGUUUGGAGACUCAGAUUGGAGUCCACUUGCUUUAAAAUUCUUAUUUACGGUGGUAUUCAUUGUACCCUAUUUACCCUUUAAGAA